CACCUCAAACUCCAUCCGUCCGUAACAUCAACAAGUUUCAGUCCUCAGCAGUGCAAGGCUGCCGCCUCAUGGCGGCAUCCACAGCAUCUGGCUCCUUGACACCCUUCCUCCACCGGUACCAAGCGCGAAGCCGCCGCCGCGCAAGGUUCAUCGUUGCGGCAAGCACGUCUGACGCCGAGCCAGCCCAAGAGGCGGCAGGGCCAGGGAAGAAGAAGACGGUGGACACGAGGAUACACUGGUCCGACCCUGACGAAGGCUGGGUGGGAGGAAAUGAAAAGAAGGAAGGCGACGGCGGCAAGAACGAACCCCUUGGAAGAAGAUUCGCCGACCUCAUCAACAACCCGUCAUCCGAGUCACACUACCAGUUCUUGGGAAUAGCACCUGAGGCGGACAUAGAGGAGAUCAAGGCGGCGUACCGGCGGCUGUCCAAGGAGUACCACCCGGACACCACGAGGCUGCCGCUCAAGUCGGCAUCGGAGAAGUUCAUCCGGCUCCGUGAGGUGUACAACGUGCUCAGCAAGGAGGAGACCCGACGAUUCUACGACUGGACGCUGGCGCAGGAGGCCGAGAGCCGCCGGCUGCAGCAGCUCAGGUCCCGACUUGAGGAUCCUUACGAGCUCGACAUCCAGAACUACGAGCCCGUGCCAGACAUGGUAGAUCGCCUUGGCGGGAAGAACAUGGAGCUCAGCGAUCAGGCCAUGACCGCGCUCACGUUCGACAUUGCCAUCUUCAUCAUCAGCAUCUGCUGCAUCAUCUACGCCUUGUUCUUCAAGGAGCAGUACUGAUGACAAGAUGUGACGAGCGCAAGGUGCAGGGUUAUAUACAGAAUUAGAGGCGCAAAUGGUAUAGAACAUGCAAGGUAAUCGCUGAAGACAGUAUGUCUUUUCAGUUAAAUACAGCAUAUCAUGUAACGUGAAAUACAAGCUAGGAAUCACUCAUAGGUCAACAAUCCUAUAGCUUUGUCCAAAACUUGGUUGUUGCUGUUUCUGAAUUUCUCUUCAACUUAUUAGGGCAAGAGUAUAUAAAUCUAAAAUGCCAAAGUGCUAACCA